AUGCCUCUGUUCCCAAGGAAACUCGCUGACGUGUUUGGCAUGCAGACCUAUGUGCGGAACCCCGGCGUUGGGAAUGGAGCGGCGGCCGGGGCGGGCGGGUGCCCCGGGCAGAAUGACGAGAGCGCGGUGCCGUCCGCACGGGCGGAGAAGCCUCCCCUGGAGCAGCUGUACCGGGAGGGCCCGCUGCUGGGGAGCGGCGGCUUCGGCAGCGUUUACGCCGGGACCCGGCUCGCCGACGGCGUCCCGGUGGCCAUCAAGCGAGUGUCCCGGGACCGCGUCUUGGAGUGGGCGCGGCUGCACGACGGCGCCCUUGUGCCCCUGGAGCUGGUGCUGCUCUGGAUGGCGUCGUGGCCCGGCUUCCGCGGCAUCGUGCGGCUCCUGGACUGGUUCGAGCUGCCCGACGGCUUCGCGCUGGUCAUGGAGCGUCCGGAGCGCUGUCAGGACCUCUGGCACCUGCUGCACGCGGGGGGGUUCCUGCCAGAGCCCGUGGCGCGGGCGCUGUUCCGGCAGGUGCUGGGGGCCGUGCGGCACUGCACCAGCCGCGGCGUCCUGCACCGCGACAUCAAGGCCGAGAACGUGCUCGUUGACCUGGCCACCGGCGAGGCGAAGCUCAUCGACUUUGGCUGCGGCACGAUCCUGCAGGACACGUUCUACACCCAGAUGGCCGGAACGCGGGAGUACUACCCACCGGAGUGGAUCCUCUUUGGCCGCUACCAUGGCCAGCCAGCCACCAUCUGGUCCCUGGGCAUCCUGCUCUAUCAGCUGGUGUGCAGGCACCUUCCUUUCAAAAGCAGAGAGGACAUCGUCCGGGGACAGCUCUUCUUCCCGCCCCGGGUGUCUCAAGAGUGCCAGCACCUGAUCAGGUGGUGCUUAUCCAUGGACCCUGCAGACAGGCCAUCCUUGGAUGACCUUUUAGAACAUUCUUGGGUGCAGAAGCCCCACCUGGCCCAGGAGACAGCAGAGCCGUUGCCUCCCAUCCGGAAGGGCUCUCCUUCCUGCAAGCCAAUCAUAAUGUGCAGUGGAGAGGAAGAGAAAGGGAAAGAUGGCACUGGCUACAAAGAUAUCAGUAGAAACAGUGCGGAGCUGAGUUCAGAGGGAAAAGGGAGUGAGAGAACCUACCAACACUUAAUACGAAGUUCAGAGUCCCACACCAAGUCAGCACAGAAUCUGAGGAAAGUGAAAGCUAAAACUUAA